UUCAAGAUGGCGCCGUGCGGACGUGUCCGGAGCCGCUGCCCGGGCCCGGCGCUCCUCUUGCUCCUGGCGCUGGCGGCGCGGUCGGCGACGGUGGGCGGUGUUCCUCCCGCGGGCCCCGCCGCCGCCGGCAACCAGCCCUUAGCGGCCCAGGCGGUGGGGCAGGGCGCGGUGGCCCCGCGGGGUCCCCGCGGCGGCGGCGGCGGCUCGGGCAGCGGGUGGAAGCUGUCGGAGGAGGCGGUGUGCCGGGAGGACGUGGUGCGGCUCUGCUCCAAGCACAGCUGGGCCAACAACCUCGCCGUCCUCGAGUGCCUGCAGGACGUCCGUGAGCCAGAUAAUGAAAUCUCCUCAGACUGCAAUCACCUCCUGUGGAACUACAAGCUGAACCUGACUACGGACCCGAAGUUUGAAUCCGUGGCCAGAGAAGUCUGCAAGUCCACCAUUGCAGAGAUCAAAGAGUGUGCAGAUGAACCAGUUGGUAAAGGCUUCUUGGUGUCAUGUUUGGUGGAUCACAGAGGCAACAUCACGGAAUACCAGUGCCACCAGUACAUCACUAAAAUGACAGCCAUUAUCUUCAGCGAUUACCGGUUGAUCUGUGGCUUCAUGGAUGACUGCAAGGCCGACAUCAAUCUCCUGAAGUGUGGCAGCAUUCGACCUGGAGAAAAGGAUGCCCACUCGCAAGGAGAGGUGGUGGCUUGCCUGGAAAAAGGCCUGGUAAAAGAGGCAGAGGAGACCAAUCCUCGGGUUCAGGUUUCAGAUCAGUGUAAGAAAGCCAUUCUCCGCGUAGCUGAGCUCUCCUCAGAUGACUUCCACUUGGACCGGCACCUCUACUUCGCGUGCCGAGACGAUAGAGAGCGAUUCUGUGAAAAUACUCAGGCUGGGGAAGGCAGAGUCUACAAGUGCCUCUUUAAUCACAAGUUUGAAGAAUCAAUGAGUGAAAAGUGUCGCGAUGCGCUGACCACCCGCCAGAAGCUCAUCGCCCAGGACUACAAAGUCAGUUACUCGCUGGCAAAGUCCUGUAAGAGCGACCUGAAGAAAUACCGCUGUAACGUGGAGAACCUGCCCCGCUCUCGGGAAGCCAGGCUUUCCUACCUGCUCAUGUGCUUGGAGUCUGCUGUGCACAGAGGUCGCCAGGUGAGCAGCGAGUGCCAGGGCGAGAUGCUGGAUUACCGCCGCAUGCUGAUGGAGGACUUCUCGCUGAGCCCAGAGAUCAUCCUCAGCUGCCGAGGGGAGAUCGAGCACCACUGCUCGGGCCUGCACCGCAAGGGCCGCACCCUGCACUGCCUGAUGAAAGUGGUUCGGGGCGAAAAGGGGAACGUCGGGCUGAACUGCCAGCAGGCGCUCCAGACGCUGAUCCAGGAGACGGACCCCGGCGCAGAUUACCGCAUCGACCGGGCGCUGAACGAGGCCUGCGAGUCGGUGAUCCAGACGGCCUGCAAGCACAUACGCUCCGGAGACCCCAUGAUCCUGUCCUGCCUGAUGGAGCACUUGUAUACUGAGAAGAUGGUAGAGGACUGUGAGCACAGGCUUCUGGAGCUCCAGUAUUUCAUCUCUCGUGACUGGAAGUUGGAUACCGUCCUCUACCGCAAGUGUCAGGGCGAUGCCUCCCGUCUGUGCCAUACCCAUGGCUGGAACGAGACCAGUGAGCUGAUGCCCCCGGGGGCUGUCUUCUCCUGCCUGUACAGGCACGCCUACCGCACAGAGGAGCAGGGCAGGAGGCUAUCGCGGGAGUGCCGAGCGGAGGUGCAGAGGAUCCUCCACCAGCGUGCCAUGGACGUGAAGCUGGACCCGACCCUCCAGGACAAGUGCAUGAUUGACCUGGGCAAGUGGUGCAGCGAAAAGACGGAGACGGGGCAGGAGCUGGAAUGCCUUCAGGACCAUCUCGAUGACUUGGUGUCUGAUUGCAGAGAUGUUGUGGGAAACCUCACGGAGCUGGAGUCUGAGGACAUUCAAAUUGAAGCUUUGCUGAUGAGAGCGUGUGAGCCCAUUAUCCAGACUUUCUGUCAUGAGGUUGCAGAUAACCAGAUUGAUUCUGGGGACCUGAUGGAGUGUCUAAUACAGAACAAACACCAGAAGGAAAUGAAUGAGAAAUGUGCAAUCGGAGUUACUCACUUCCAGCUGGUUCAAAUGAAAGAUUUUCGGUUCUCCUACAAGUUUAAAAUGGCUUGCAAGGAGGAUGUGCUGAAACUUUGCCCCAACAUCAAAAAAAAGGUGGAUGUAGUGAUCUGCCUGAGCACGACUGUGCGCAACGAUACUUUGCAGGAUGCCAAGGAGCACAGGGUGUCCCUCAAGUGCCGCAAACAGCUGCGUGUCGAGGAGCUCGAGAUGACUGAGGAUAUCAGACUUGAACCAGAACUGUAUGAGGCUUGUAAAAGUGACAUCAAGAACUACUGCCAAAACGUGCCCUAUGGCAAUGCACAGAUCAUUGAAUGCCUGAAAGAAAUCAAGAAGCAGUUGAGUACCCGGUGCCACCAGAAGGUCUUUAAACUGCAGGAGACGGAGAUGAUGGAUCCAGAGCUGGACUACACUCUCAUGAGAGUCUGCAAGCAGAUGAUCAAGCGGUUUUGUCCAGAAGCAGAUUCAAAAAAUAUGUUGCAGUGUUUGAAACAAAACAAGAACAGUGAAGUGAUGGAUCCUAAAUGCAAGCAGAUGAUCACCAAGCGCCAGAUUACACAGAACACAGAUUACCGCUUAAAUCCCGUGCUCAGGAAGGCGUGCAAAGCAGACAUACCAAAAUUCUGCCAAAACAUCCUCAAUAGGGCCAAGGAUGAUACGGAGCUGGAAGGACAAGUCAUCUCCUGCCUGAAGUUGAAAUAUGCAGAUCAGCGUCUCUCUCCAGACUGCGAGGACCAAAUUCGAGUGAUAAUCCAGGAGUCGGCUCUCGAUUAUCGGCUGGAUCCCCAGCUUCAGAUGCACUGCUCUGAAGAGAUUUCCAACUUGUGCGCGGAAGAAGCAGCAGCUCAGGAGCAGACUGGGCAGGUGGAAGAAUGUCUGAAAGUGAAUCUGCUGAAAAUAAAAACUGAAAUGUGCAAGAAGGAAGUGCUCAACAUGCUGAAGGAGAGCAAAGCCGAUAUAUUUGUUGACCCAGUGCUCCACACAGCUUGUGCCCUGGACAUCAAACACCACUGUGCUGCCAUUCCACCAGGGAGAGGACGCCAAAUGUCAUGUUUAAUGGAAGCUCUGGAAGAUAAACGUGUGAGGCUGCAGCCUGAAUGCAAGAAGCGCCUUAACGAUCGCAUCGAAAUGUGGAGCUACGCCGCAAAGGUUGCCCCAGCAGAAGGCUUUUCUGACCUCGCCAUGCAAGUUAUGACCUCUCCGUCCAAGAACUACAUCCUGUCCGUGAUCACGGUCGGCAUCUGCGUACUCUUCCUCAUCGGCCUCAUGUGUGGACGCAUCACCAAGCGGGUGACAAGAGAGCUCAAGGACAGGUAGAGCCUGGAUUGCCUGCUGAAGAAAUGCCUGCCCAGUGCCCAGUUUUGUACAGCCCUCCUCUGUAUAGUCUACCCACCCCCUCUUGUGAGAGGAGAAUAAAAAAAAAAAAAGGAUAAAAAAAAAAAAAAUUAGAACAGCAGCAGGUGUUGGCUCAGUUUUCCCAUCCUGGAUCUCAUCCACAGCAUCUUCAUCCUAUGAAAGUUUGUGUGCAACAUUGGCCAGCCCAGCCAGCAGCUUUUGUUACCCCGUCGUUAGCAGACUCUCGUUUUACCUGCCUGUAGACAAGUCUCUGUUGUACCGUUGGAACUGCCUUCACUCUCCAGAUCAGACUGAUAAUGACCUGCGGCUCAAGCAGUUUUUAAGUAAAUUUUUAAAGAAAGACAUAUAUCUGCAUACCGACUAUAUGAUUUAGGUAAUGGUUCAUACUGAAAUCUAGUCAUCCUCUGUGGCUGGGUGAAAUUGAGGCAGGAAAUUAAAGGGUAAAUUGCAUCUUACACCACAGUUGGCCUUGUUUUGGACAUCUUGCUCAUCUCAUGUAAAGCAUCUUCAGAGCAUAGUCUUGGACAACCUAAGGACACCAGUCCCUGGUGUCAUCUCCUAGUGAAUAUUCUGCUUUUGUGACUGUGGAAUUUUUUUUUUAUUAUUUUUUUGGGUUUUUUGGCUGAAAAGGUGUCCUCCCUUUCUUCCUCUGCCACUCGCAAGGUAGAAUAAAAUACUGCCCAGGCUCAAA